AAACAGCAGCAGCAGCAGCAGCAGCAGCAUAGCUGUUGGGUUCGGAAGCAGGUUAUGUUCUUCUUCACCAAAGCGUGGAGGAUUUCUCCACAGAUGUGUCUCCUCGCGCUGCAGCAGAGGACCUGCUUCCAUCAGAUCCAAAGGCUGCCUGCCCUGCAGGAGGUUCGAUGUUUGACGGCACGCAGCGUCCAUCCCAGCCUCCUCCAGCCUGUCAGGGAGUGUGGACGGAGAAGAUUUGAGGAAUGCCGGAGCAGAAGCCUUUCUCUCUCCAUCAGCAGAAAGGAGAAAGUUCCUCCUGUGCAGAGAAGGGAGCUGUCAGAAGCCGCCUAUGAGAAGCUGGCAGACGAGACGCUGGAAGCUCUGGCCGAUUACUUUGAAGAUCUGGCAGAUGAAGCCUUCACUGGACCAGAAUACGACAUCCUCUUCUCUAGUGGUGUGCUGACGGUGAAGGUGGGCGGAGGCCAUGGGACCUACGUCAUCAACAAGCAGACCCCCAACAGGCAGAUCUGGCUCUCCUCUCCUACCAGCGGACCGAAGCGGUACGACUGGACCGGAGAGCGCUGGGUGUACAGCCAUGAUGGCGUCGGUCUCCACCAGCUGCUUUCUAAAGAGUUCUCCAUCAUCUUCAAUACUGGGAUCCAUUUGGGUGACCUUCCUCAUUCCUGAUGCAGCAGAUCUUAUGCAUGCCGACCACGACCGUUCUGAGCGGAUUGCUCCAAAGGCUCAUCGAUCUGCAGAACCGAUACUUC